AUGUGGGUGAUACGAUACCAGAAUAUAUUGGAAGAUGGUUCUAUCAACUCUAUAUCAUGUUGUCUUCAAGCAUCUAAAAGUUACAGCAUAGGUAGAUCGAGCAAAAAUGAACUGGUAAUCAAAAAUGACAAAAGCAUUUCCAGACAGCAUGUCAGUUUCAAAUGGGAAAUUGAUGACAUCCCUAAUCCAAAAAGCCAUAAGCUUUCUUUAAUCAACCAAGGUAAACUGACUUCAAUAAAUAAAAAGUUUAUGAAAGUGGGUGAAACGUCUAUUAUCAAUGUUACGGAAGUUUCGAACCAUAUGGAGAUUGAACUGGGCACAGCUCCUAUUCGCAUAAAAGCUGAAUGGAUCGGUCAAAUUUGGAACAUUCCCUCCCAAUUGGCACAAUUUCAAACUACACUUUCUUUGUUUGGUAUUGCAACAAAAACAUCCAUUGAUGAUGAUCCAGCCAAUAUAGUGAUCAGCGAUUUUCCAAGUAACGAUGAUGACGGAAUACGAGAAUUGUAUGCACUUGUUAAUACUAUACCAUUGAAAAAGUCACAGUUGCUGGUUGAGCUGUGUAAUACUCUUCUAUCGUCAUCUGUAAUGAAUUUAAAGUUCGAUGAAACUUGGAAUAGUAUGGUAAAUAAAUCAGCCUUCAAUGUCUUCGAUUAUGAUCCGAGUGUUUUGUUUUCUAAGUUUAUGAAGCUGAACAACGUUAUUAUAUUGACCGCCGUUGGUAAUAGGUCAGAUCUAUCAAAUACCCUGCGAAGAAUUAAUGUUAGACUCUCCCAUUUCGACUCCUUAAACAGUUUAUAUAAGAAUGUUGAUCUUCUGAAGUCAUCGGAAAAAUACCUGAUUUUAGCUUUAACAAAUAUGAAAGAAAAUGGGCAAAAAUUAUGCACUGUUCAGCAAUUAAUAACGUCAAUAAUAGAUGAUACGUUAUUUAACAUAAUAAAUACUAAAGCAGCAGAGGUUAACCAGAACAGUAUGUUUGGAAAAGUUUCUGAAGAACAUACUGCUAUCUCAAAGACAGCCCAUAGUCCUGAAACUGAAGCUACUCCCACAGUUUUGAAAAAACGAAGGUUGAAUAGGCGUAGGGUGCAACCGCUUGAUAGUUUAAAUUUUUUCGCGGGAGGUUUGAGUGCUAAUCCUUCUUCAAGACACAAGGACUUUGAUGAUGUGAAAGAGCCCAAUUUGGGCUUAAACUCGAAGACUACCGUCUCAAGCCCCAUCAUCGAAGGAAUGGAUGAAAAGCAUUACUCGACAAUACAGAGCAAACAAGAAAUAAGUAGAGAUACUUGGAAAGAAAAUGGCUACACUAAUACUGGUGUCGUAAACGUGGGUAGCCCCGAGAGUAAUGGUUCGGUACGACCUACGGAUGAAGAGCCUGUAAGUGAGUCACCACGGCCGCCACCAACUGUCACACGGCCUAGCUCGCAAAGCAUCACAGCUAAUGCUGUAACCACCACAACUGAAAAUCAUAUGGAAGGUUGUAGAAUUACUGAGAGUUACAAAAUAAGUGAUGACUUAACUCAAAAUGAAAAUCAAACUCUCAAAGAUAAUCGGGAGUUUUCUGUACUCUCACAAAAUACACCGUCUCGUCUACAGGCCGACCAUAAUUCACCUCUGAAGGAGCUGUCACUAAAAGAAAAAUCUAACACACCGCAUUCAUUUGUUGAAGCUAUACAGCAAACAAAAAAUAGAGAAGUUAAAAGAGUCAAGUCGACCAUUGUUGAACUGGAGGAUGAUGAACUGAGCGAAGAAGCUAUCAGUCAGCUGAAUAACUUGGCUCUUGUGGAGCCAAGUAAUGAACUGCUAAGAGACCCCCGCAGUUUGGGAUCAAAUACGACAAGAAAUAGUGCCCGAGGAAGUGAGAAGAGUAUAAUUAGACAAGAAUGGCCCAAGCGCAAGAAUUUCAAGACCUUUUCUAAAGUACGGCCAAAGUCCAAGACACCGAAAGAGGGGAACAAAGGCAAUAAUCAAAACUCAGAUUUUAUACGGAGUGCUGCCUUCUUAAUCACGAGAAACUAUGUGCCACUGAAAAAAUACUCUAAAAAGGAUAGGGUUUCUAAUUGGGAUAGGGACAACAACGAGGAUGUGCUCGCUCUGACAGAGAUGAAAGACUUAGGACCUGAUACACAUAUGCCUGAAAAUACAAAUGCAAGCGUGAUGCAAGAAAGAUUUUAUGCCCAAGAUUCGGAUAUGAAAGAGAAUAAUUCAGACGACAUAAAGGAAAGAUCUUUUUCUUUUUCGCGUCGCUCAGAUACUACAAGUAUUGUCCAACCAGUAAAAAAUAAGCUAUUUGUGGCUGAAGAUGAUGAUAAUGAUGACGAAAACGAUGUUGUAAACGAUAGUGAGGACGGCUUUGAAUUGGUCACAAUAACAAAAUCAAAUUUACAACCAGACGCGGCAGAGGAAUCUUCCAAAAGGAAUAGACGUGGUAGAAAUGGAGCGAGCAGACCAGUAGGGUCUUAUGGAGGUAAAAAUGACAAUGACAAUGACAAUGGCGACAACGACGACGACGACGACGAAGACGACGGCGAUGAGGGCCCAAAGUUCAAAUUUAAAAGAAAAAAAGGAUAA